AUGUGCAAAUACACCAUCACCACCUACAAAUGCACGCACAAGCACUACGCGCGCCACCCCACGGCCCCCAUCUGCCACGAGAAGCCCCACGAGCCCGAAUACAGCAACUCGACGCACGUCAAAGGCGCGAGCGACUGCGACGCCUGCGUGCUGACCAGCGGAGAGACUAGGCCCGGGCUUGUGAGGAGGGUGACUGCGAGGCUUAGGGAUAAGGCGCACCUCCUUAAGGAUGAGUAUGACGAGUAUGAGAAGGAGUAUAAGUAG